CUGAAGAUUUGAGCUCACGUUGUGUAGUACGUGAGUUUGCAUCGCUUGAUAAUUCCAGAGGAAGAAUCAGCGAUUGGGUGGCUGGUGGGCAGGAGGUGACUCAGGCGUCGUUCAUAAUCAUGCCGAUCUUUUACCCGUAUCGAGCCCUUGGGUACAUUACAGAUGAAACGCCAUUCAGCGUUGUGAGGCGCGGUGCGGACCACACUGUUAUCGUUAGCAUCGGCAAAGCAUGGCAGAUCUAUAGUUGUUCCAAACUCACCCUUCAGUUUGUUGGCCCAGAGCUGGAGAAGAGGAUUACUGCCGUUGUGGGAAAGAUUUCAUCGACGUUUGUGGCAUAUGGCAGGAAGAUUGGGGUUUUCUCGCGGGGUACGCAAGUGGAAACGUGGACAGGUCACACGGGCCGCGUGUUGCAGAUGCUGGUUCUUGGAAACUACCUGCUCAGCCUGGGCGAUGACAAGCGAUUGCUCAUCUGGCGCACAGGAAGGGCGGGCGGGUUGGACUCGGAGAUCCAGCUGGAUGAUAGCUUUACACCAACUUGUUUAGUACACCCUGAAACUUAUCUGAACAAGGUUCUCAUCUGCUCUGAGGAAGGGCGACUCCAGUUAUGGAACAUUGUGAGUAAGAAGGUUAUCUACGAGUUUAAGGGAUGGGGGUCGGCAGUGCGGUGUUGUGUUUCUUCUCCUGCUUUGGAUGUUGUGGGUUUGGGCUGUGCGAAUGGGUGCAUACAUGUCCUCAACCUGAAAUACGAUGAGACAGUGAUGACAUUGGUUCACACCACAAAAGGGCCUGUGACGGCAUUGUCAUUCCGGACAGACGGGCAGCCGAUGUUGGCGGCGGGCGGGACCUCCGGGGAGAUCACCAUAUGGAACCUGGAGAAGCAAAAGCUUCAGUCCGUUAUCCGCACUGCUCACGACGGGACGAUCUCAUCAUUAUACUUCUUGCCGAAGGAGCCGAUGCUCAUCAGUUCUGCUGCUGACAAUUCGUUGAAGAUGUGGAUAUUUGAUUCUGAUGAUGGCGAGGCACGACUCCUGCGCUUCCGCAGUGGCCACAGUGCACCGCCAACAUGCAUACAGUACUAUGGACAGGGGAGACGGAUUUUGUCUGCCGGUCAGGACAGGUCGUUUCGACUGUUUUCAACUGUGCAAGAUCAACAAAGCAAGGAGCUUUCGCAAGGCCGCCUAGCUAGUAAAGCGAAGCGGUAUGACAUCAGAGAGGAAGAGCUGCGACUGCCCAGAGUGAUAGCCUUUGCUGCAGCAGAUGUACGUGAGCGCGAUUGGUGUAAUGUUGUGACAUGUCAUGAAGGUGAUUCAGCAGCGUACACUUGGCGACUCCAGAAUUUUGUGAUUGGAGAACACAUUCUGAGAGCCCCUGGUACCAAGCGCAGCUCCAUAACAGCUGUCGCGAUUAGUGCCUGUGGGAACUUCGCUGUUGUUGGGAAUGCUGCUGGUUGCAUUCACCGGUUCAACUUGCAGUCUGGCCUUCAUCGAGGCGUCUUCGCUACGCAACCGGGGGACAGUGGAACAGCCCAUGACAAGGCUGUCACAGGAUUGGAGUGUCAUUCGUGCAACAAGUCUCUCGUCAGCGCAGGUUAUGAGGGAACCCUUAAGAUUUGGGGGUUCAGGAGCCGCGCGCUUCAGGCAGUCGUGGAUGUGGGUUCUCCUGUGGUGAAGCUCAAGUUUCAUUCCGGCAAUGGGCUGGCAGUCGCUGUGUGUGACGACCAGGUACUGAGGCUGUAUGAUGUCGAGAAUGUACGGCUUGUGCGAAAGUUUGACGCACAUAUGGACAGGAUUACUGAUGUCUCUUUCAGCCAGGAUGGGCGAUGGCUGCUGUCAUCUUCGAUGGAUUCAACUCUUCGAAUCUUUGAUGUCGUUGCUGCACGUCCCUUGGACACAAUGAGAGUGGAUGUACCUAUAACUUCUCUUUCUCUGUCCCCUCAUAUGGAUCUGAUCGCGACAACACAUGUUAAUCGCAAUGGUAUAUACCUAUGGGCGAACCAUCUUUUGUACUCUGGCCUGCAGGCUGCAGAAUUGCAGGGAAGUGGUGCAAGCAAAGUUAUCGAUGUAACUCACCUGCCAGCUGUGUCCAUGGCGCUGCCCUCAAGCAAGAGCGAGGAGGAGGAGGAGGAGGAGGAGGUUAAGAACAAAGAUUCGCAGGCGACGGAAGAGGAAGCACAGGGCAAAGAUGGAGCAUGGGCCGAGGACAAGGGCAAAGAAAUGGAAAGCACGAACACCGAAGACGAGCUUUCGGGCAGACGUGGCAUGGCUACCAGGCAAUUGGAUCCAGAGCUAGUUACGCUGUCUCUGCUACCAAGAGCGCAGUGGAAAGGGCUCGUUGAUCUUGAUAUCAUCAAGCUGCGUAAUAAACCUGCUGCACCUUCAAAGAAGCCUGAACGAGCUCCUUUCUUCCUUCCAACUUUACCUUCACUGGCCGGAGACCCCGUCUUUGCCCUCCCGUCAUCAACAGAAAACAAAGGCGGUGAACUAGAGUCUGAUGCAAAGGUGGUUUCUCGGGUACGAAAAUCAAACUCAGCAGCUGAUAAUGCCAAAUAUGUGUCUCCAUUUACUCAACUGCUGCACAAAGGAGCUAGUCUAAACAACUACGCAGAGCUGACAGCUCUUCUGCAUUCCAUGUCCCCAUCUGCGAUCGAUGCUGAGGUGCGCAUGAUGAUGGUCGUAGAAGAUGAAGAUGGGAACUGUGACGAUGAGGAACGGCUACAGGAAAUCGGGAUGGUGCUGGAUUUUUUGAUCCGUGAAACGGAAUCAAAUGCGAGUUUUGAAUUGAUCCAAGCUUUCAUGCAGUUGUUUCUGAAGGUCCAUGGCGAGGUCAUAUCUGGCCGAUCAGAUCUGCAGUCCAAGGCAAGAACUCUUCUUGCGAAACAGAGAUGUGCAUGGCAGAGACUCGACAGUCUCUUUCAGAACCUUCGGUGUUCUGUAUCCUUUUUGACCAACUCUCAGCAAUAAUCACGCCGGAGGAUGUUAAGGGUCGGAGUUCUGUUCGUUAGGUUUGGGUCGGAGUUGUGUUCGUUAGGUUUUCUGUUCGUCCCUUAUGGAGAAUGCAGGCGUCUGUCUAGCUUUGUCUUUCCUCGUGUUGCACGAAAGCAGUGUCAGUCUCCAGGCACCAGGCGGCAUGUGAAUCCUUAUUGAGUGUUAUUAGGCGAUUUAACAUGGAUCAUUUUUGACUGAAGUUGAUCCCAUCACUUGUCCUUGUGAGGAUAGUCUUUUGCUC